GCUGCCUCCCAGACCUCGAGGACCUGCUCAGUCAGCUGGGGCCGCCUGCGGACGGCUGCCUCCCUCUCCGCUAGGACCUGCCACUCUGCGCGGAAUGGCAGCCGCAGCAGCAUCCCCGCCAGCGGCGGAGGCGGCGGCAGCCACCACGGCCACCGCGGACGCUAUUGUUCCCGGGUGUUGAACGCGCUUUCCCUCCUUUUCAUCUGAAACGAACAAUAGCAGGAAAGCGCUUUGCUUUCUGUACUGCUCGGGAAGACGGUGUGAGCGCAAGGAAAAAUUGCCUGCCACCCGCGUUCCGGAUCCGGACCCUGGAGUGGCUGCGGGCGGCAUGGGGCUGCGAGCGAGGCGCUCGGCGUCCGGGAGCCCAGGCGCUGCGGGCCCGCGCCGGGGUGUCCUGCAGCUGCCUCCGCUGCUCCUGCUGCUGCUGCUGCGCCCAGGAGCCUGCGGGGCUGCGGCUCAGGGCGAGGCUGAGGCACCCACCCUGUAUCUGUGGAAGACCGGUCCAUGGGGCCGAUGCAUGGGAGAUGAAUGUGGGCCAGGAGGCAUUCAGACCCGGGCUGUGUGGUGUGCUCAUGUGGAAGGUUGGACGACAUUACAUACAAACUGUAAGCCGGCCGAGAGACCCAGUAACCAGCAGAUCUGUUUCAAAGUGUGUGACUGGCACAAAGAGUUGUAUGACUGGAGCCUGGGACCUUGGAAUCAGUGUCAGCCUGUGAUUUCAAAAAGCCUGGAGAAACCCCUUGAGUGCAUUAAGGGGGAGGAAGGCAUUCAGGUGAGAGAGAUAACAUGCAUCCAGAAAGAGAAGGACAUUCCUGCAGAGGAUAUCAUUUGUGAGUACUUUGAGCCCAAACCUCUCCUGGAACAGGCCUGCCUCAUCCCCUGCCAGCAAGACUGCAUUGUGUCUGAGUUUUCUGCCUGGUCCGAAUGCUCCAAGACGUGUGGCAGCGGGCUCCAGCACCGGACGCGUCACGUGGUAGCACCCCCCCAGUUUGGAGGUUCCAGCUGCCCAAACUUGACGGAGUUUCAGGUGUGCCAGUCCAGCCCCUGCGAAGAUGAAGAGAGCAUGUACAGCUUGCAUGUGGGUCCCUGGAGCUCGUGCUCGAUGCCCCAUUCGAGACAAGUAAGACAAGCAAGGAGACGUGGGAAGAAUAAAGAACGGGAAAAGGACCGAGGAAAAGGAGUGAAGGAUCCAGAAGCCCGGGAACUUAUUAAGAAAAAGAGAAACAGAAACAGACAGAACCGACAAGAGAAUAAAUAUUGGGACAUCCAGAUUGGAUAUCAGACCAGAGAGGUUAUGUGUACUAACAAGACGGGGAAGGCUGCUGAUUUGAGCUUUUGCCAGCAAGAGAAGCUGCCAACGACCUUCCAGUCCUGUGUGAUCACCAAAGCAUGCCAGGUGUCAGAGUGGUCAGAAUGGAGUCCCUGCUCAAAAACGUGCCACGACACAGCGUCCCCCAAAGGCACUCGUGUCAGGACACGGAUCAUUAGGCAGUUUCCUAUUGGCAGCGACAAAGAGUGUCCAGAACUUGAAGAAAAAGAGCCCUGUGCGUCUCAAGGAGAUGCAGUUGCCCCCUGUGCCACGUAUGGCUGGAGAACUACAGAAUGGACCGAGUGCCGUGUGGACCCUUUGCUCAGUCAGCAGGACAAGAGGCGGGGCAACCAGACAGCCCUCUGUGGGGGAGGGGUCCAGACACGAGAGGUAUACUGUGUGCAGGCCAAUGAAAACCUCCUCUCACACUUAAACACCCACAAGGGCAAAGAAGCCUCAAAACCAGUGGACUUGAAAUCAUGCACUGGUCCCGUCCCUAAUACUACACAGCUGUGCCAUAUUCCCUGUCCAACUGAAUGUGAGGUUUCACCUUGGUCAGCUUGGGGACCUUGUACUUAUGAAAACUGUAAUGACCAGCAAGGCAAAAAAGGUUUCAAACUGAGGAAGCGGCGCAUUACCAAUGAGCCCACUGGAGGCUCUGGGGGCCCUGGAAACUGCCCUCACUUACUGGAAGCCAUUCCCUGUGAAGAGCCAUCCUGCUAUGAAUGGAAAGCAGUGAGGCUUGGAGACUGUGAACCAGACAAUGGAAAAGAGUGUGGCCCAGGCACUCAAGUUCAGGAGGUUGUGUGCAUCAACAGUGAUGGAGAAGAAGUUGACAGACAGCUGUGCAGAGAUGCCAUCUUCCCCAUCCCUGUUGCCUGUUACGCCCCGUGCCCAAAGGACUGUGUGCUCAGCAUGUGGUCUGCGUGGUCCUCCUGCUCACACACCUGCUCAGGGAAAACCACAGAAGGGAAACAGAUCCGGGCACGGUCCAUUCUGGCCUAUGCCGGUGAGGAAGGUGGAGCUCAAUGUCCAAAUAGCAGUGCUUUGCAAGAGGUGCGCAGCUGUAAUGAGCAUCCUUGUACUGUGUACCACUGGCAAACUGGUCCCUGGGGCCAGUGCAUCGAGGACACUUCAGUAUCAUCCUUCAACACAACCACAACUUGGAAUGGGGAGGCCUCUUGCUCUGUUGGCAUGCAGACAAGAAAAGUCAUCUGUGUGCGGGUCAAUGUGGGCCAAGUAGGACCCAAAAAGUGUCCUGAAAGCCUUCGACCUGAAACAGUGAGACCCUGUCUGCUUCCUUGUAGGAAGGACUGUAUUGUGACACCAUAUAGUGACUGGACAUCAUGCCCCUCCUCAUGUAAAGAAGGUAUGAGCUACAGAGUUCUGAAGGCUACUCACCUAGAAAACACUCACCAGGCAGGACCUCCAACUAUUACUUGUCGAAAGCAAGAUGGAGGACCGGCUGGCAUCCAUGAAUGCCUUUGGUAUGCAGGCCCUGUUCCAGCCCUCACCCAGGCCUGCCAGAUCCCCUGCCAAGAUGACUGUCAGUUUACCAGCUGGUCCAAGUUUUCAUCAUGCAACGGAGACUGUGGUGCAGUUAGGACCAGAAAACGCACUAUUGUUGGAAAAAGUAAAAAGAAGGAAAAAUGUAAAAAUUCUCAUUUGUACCCCCUGAUUGAGACUCAGUACUGUCCUUGUGACAAGUAUAAUGCACAGCCUGUGGGGAACUGGUCAGACUGCAUUUUACCAGAGGGGAAAGUGGAAGCGUUGCUGGGAGUGAAAACACAAGGCGAUACCAAGGAAUGUGGUCAAGGAUAUCGUUACCAAGCAAUGGCAUGCUACGACCAAAAUGGCAGGCUCGUGGAAACAUCCAGAUGUAACAGCCAUGGUUACAUUGAAGAGGCUUGCAUCAUCCCCUGUCCCUCUGACUGCAAGCUCAGCGAGUGGUCCAACUGGUCUCGCUGCAGUAAGUCCUGUGGGAGUGGCGUCAAGGUUCGGUCUAAAUGGUUGCGUGAAAAACCCUAUAAUGGAGGGAGGCCUUGCCCCAAACUGGACCAUGUCAACCAGGCCCAGGUGUAUGAGGUGGUCCCUUGCCACAGUGACUGCAGCCAGUAUAUAUGGGUCCCAGAGCCGUGGAGCAUCUGCAAAGUGACCUUUGUCAACAUGCGGGAUAACUGUGGAGAAGGCGUGCAGACCCGAAAAGUGAGACAGCAGAAUGCUUCUGUUCAUGUUUAUUGUGUCCCUGCAGAUGGACAGUGUUAUGAGUAUAAAUGGAUGGCCAGUGCUUGGAAGGGUUCUUCCCGAACAGUCUGGUGUCAAAGGUCAGAUGGUAUAAAUGUAACAGGGGGCUGCUUGGUGGUGCACCAGCCUGAUGCUGACAGGUCUUGUAACCCACCGUGUAGUCAACCCCACUCGUACUGUAGUGAGAUGAGGACAUGCAGUUGUGAAGAAGGGUACACUGAAGUCAUGUCUUCUAACGGUACUCUUGAGCAGUGCACACUUAUCCCCGUGGUGGUGAUACCCACUGUGGAGGACAAAAGAGGAGAUGUGAAAACCAGUCGGGCAGUACAUCCAACCCAAUCCUCCAGUAACGCAACAGGACGGGGAAGGACCUGGUUUCUACAGCCAUUUGGGCCAGAUGGGAGACUAAAGACCUGGGUUUACGGUGUAGCAGCUGGGGCAUUUGUGUUACUCAUCUUUAUUGUCUCCAUGAUUUAUCUAGCUUGCAAAAAGCCAAAGAAACCCCAAAGAAGGCAAAACAACCGACUGAAACCUUUAACCUUAGCCUACGAUGGAGAUGCAGACAUGUAAAAUAGAACUUACCCGGGCAACAACCAGUUUCAGCUUUCUGACUUUGCAGUAGACAGCCAGCAGCCACAAAGCUCUUCAUACUGUGUGAAUUCAAAUGCAUUAUAACUUUUUAAAAGAGCAUCAUAGAGUGAAAAUCAGUGCCAUUGGAGAGAUCAAGACAGUACCACUUACAUAAAAUUAAAAAAAAAAAUCAGCCCUGAGAAUUCUAGAUUUAGUUGAAUAUAGGCUGCAUUCUGAGAGUUUUUUGUGAUCUUUUCUGAAAUCACCAACUGACCAUUCACUUUCAUCUCUAAAAUACAGUUGUGGAAUUGGUCAGUUAGGACACCUGAUGCAAGCCUCUGGGCAGUGUUAACCCAUAGUAACAUUUUAGCAUGAGGAGUUUAUACCAAGAUCUCUACAAUACUAUAGUCAAGCAUAACAACAUGUAUACUCAAUGGAAUGACACACAUUACUAUGUCAGACUAUGUACUUGUUAAUAAGCAAUUUUAAUGGUGAAUAAGAGAUAAGCUCUAAGCUGAGCAGGAAACCCAUUGAAUAAAUUCAGCAUCUUGGUGGUUGAUGGUAGCUCUCAUUAACCUGCAUUUCAGAGGCAAAGACUCUUUUAUAAGACUUAAUUCUUGUCUUUCUCCAAAGUACGAAUGCUGGACAUGUACUAGUAUCUUAGGAAAAAAAAAAAAAAAGUCCUCAAGUUCAGUAUUUUAUAGUGGUUAUUGUCAGGAAAACUAAUUUACUUGUGUUAAUACGUUUCUACUUUCCCUAAUUUUCAAACUGGUAGCCUGCAUCUCUUUUGCUAUAUGGAAGGCACAUUUUGCACUAUAUUAGUGCAGCAUGAUAGGCACUUAACCAGUAUUGCCAUAGAAACUGCCUCUUUUCAUAUGGGAUGAAGACAUCUGUGCUAAGACGGUCAUGGAGCCAUUUGCAAGUUCUUACAUCCGGAAGAGAAUAAAGUUCAGUUUGGAUGGCGACAGGAUGGAACUAGCUAUUACAUCUGCUGUCUACACUCUUCCUCAUUGCUGCAGCCAUUGUGAAAUCGACAACAUGGUGGUGAUUUAAAUGCUCAAAUCCCGAACUCAUUAAUCCUUCAAAAGAUGGAUCCCUCUAGUUGGUUUUUAAUUGUACUUUGAAGGCGGUUUACGACUAGAUUUUUAUAUUUGUUACCUUUGUUAAAAAAAGAAAAGAAAAGAAAAAAAGGAGCCGGUUAUCUUUUUCAUUUUGAGCAGAUGGAGAAAAUAACGUCUUGAUAAUUUUUGUAACUAAAAGAACUCAAAAUCUUGUGAUUUUUUUUUUCCCUGAUUUGUUUUUCCUAGUUUUGCAUCAAAUGCAUCCAUAGUUUUGUCUUGCUAACUGGUAAAAUUUGAAGCAGGCUUUGUAGGAUUUCAAAAACUAAAAUGUUCAAAAAAGAAUAAAUAGUUUGCCCCAGGGCUUCAUUAAAUAUCUAGACCAAGGGUGGCAAACGUUUUCCGUAAAGGGCCGGAUAGUAGGUAUUUUCCGCCAGGCCUGGUCACACCUGCUCCAUUCUGUCAUCGUGAGGAUGCGGGUGUAGACGCGACACAGGCCAUAGAAGAAUGAGCGUGGCUGUUUUCCAAUGAACUUUUCUUUGUGACAUCAGCAGGCCACAUCUGCAGGCUGUGGUUUGUGAACCACUGGUCUAGAAAUUUUUUCAGUGCUUACCUCUCUGUUGUGUCAUCUUUUGCUUUCAUUCAUUUACCCUUAGAAUGCCAUCAGCGUUUAACUUCAGAGGUGAAAAACGGUCAUUAAAGUUUAUCGCUGUUUUGGAAGUAGUUCUGUUUUUCACACACGUAGCCCUGGGAAUGGCACAGUGAAAUACUAUCUAAUGUGGCAGACUUCUUCUGUAUGAAAAGAAAAAAGAAAAAAAAAUCAAAAGGUGCCAUUAAAAAGCGAUUCCAUUUUUCAGGCAACAUUUACUGCAACAACCUUUGGUGGAGGGGAGGACAUUAGGUUUUCAGGUCUUUUAAAAAUAAUGUAAUAAGCUCUUUUAUCUUAAACGUAGCUGUGUUGCCGUACAACUGGUUUAGACUAGAAGGUGUUUCACCUUCAAGUAGAGUUUGAACUCUCCCUGCUGUUCUUUAGAGUAUUUGCAAAGAUUACAAAAGACAUCAGAUUAGGAUGUCCUCGCCCCCAAAUUGAACAGAUUUCUACCUGUCUCAGUAUGAAUUAAAUGUGGAAACCACUAAUUCCUUACUCAACAUUUACUGUAUUAGGCAAAGCAAUCAUUUCAAAGCAAACAGGUGGUCACAAAGCGGAGAAUUUUACUUUAAACCAACGAUUUAAACAAGGCAAAGCAUAAAAACAAAUUCCAUUGCAUCGGUCUUACAGAAGAGGAAAACAAAAAUAAUACCGUUGCUCUAAAACUGUGAUUGCUAGUCUAGGUACUCAGGGGUCUUCCAGGUAUUCCUCAAGUUGAUCUCUUUGAAUAAAAUGAACUCCAUUUGUCCAAAAUGGUUGAGAAAGAAUCUAUUGCAGUUACUUGAAGGAUUUAGCUAACGGCCUUAGAAAAUGUAUGCAACACCUAAUAACUUUGAAAUUACUGAAUAAUAUAUUGUUGCUAUAAAAGCUAUCCUUAGGAUACUGUAAAAUGUCCUUAAUUCAGAAGGCCUAUCAGUAUCAUCCAAUCCAUACUCUAAGAAUUAAUGAAUUGAUCAAAACUAUAAAAUUUUACAAAAAUACACAAUUUUAUUCAUAAAUGAAUUAUAUUUUGCAACACUACAUAUACGGAGGAGACUAGGUUCAAUGGGACCUAAAACUAGGGAACAUAUUGGAAGUUCACCAUUAGGAUUAAUACUGGGUGCCCUCUUGUUAGAAAGAUGGAAGGAAGGGCACGUAGCCAGCUGGCUAUUUUGGACAAAUGAAGGUUACUAUAUUCAUGUUUAGAACAUGAUAAUAGCCUUAUUUUUGUUCCUGGCAUGAGUCAAUAAUGAGUUAAGUAUGUUACUGGAAUUUCAUCAAAACCUUAUUUCUCCUGUUCAUUCUGACAAUUCAGGAGGGGAAUAUAGUAGUAACUAGUCUCUUGACACUUUUGCCUUACCAAAAUGGCCCAUGAGCCCCAAAAGGUUUAGAACUACUGCUCUAUAAAUCUGAAGGUCUGCUUGGUUUAAAAAAAAGAAAAGAAAAAUAAUGACACAGUAUCAUGUACAAUUUUGUUGGACUAUUUCAGUACAAACCACAUAGAACUGGCACAACCGCUCUUUUGAAAGGGGUUGAUUUGCUUAUUAGUACCUAAUCUAAGAUACUGACUGUAAUUCUUACUUGAAAGCCUUUUUGAGGACACUACCAUGUAGCUUAAAGCCAAUUUGAAAAGGAGUGCAUAAAAGCAUGUUCUUAAUUACUUGUAACAAAGCACAAAUUACUCAUAACAAGACAAAUAUUUCUUGAAUCAUCACAUGUAAGACACUCUGCUAGGCACUGUAAUACAGUUAGUCAUGACUUUUGUAUACCUAUGUAUCUAAGACACUGAAAAGAAGGGAAAAGGUUUCAUGAGUGAAGACAGUGCUUAAAUCACCCUUGACUCUCGGUUUGUUUCCAGUGUGGUAUUUUUCCUGUUGGAAAUCCACAUCUCAGGCCAUACUGUUAAGCUUUUGCUGUAAUCCUCCUCCACCCUCAGGGAGGUGGCAAUGUUCAUUUGGCUGAACCAGAGCCCUGUUAAGUUCCUGGGCAUUUCAAGAUAAAGUCACUUACCCAGAACUUCUUACAGGGAUUAACACCUCUCAGUUUGUUUGUUUGUUUGUUUGACCUCCUCCAAAAUCCCUAUACCUUUGCUCCUUAUAAUGAUUUUUUCUGGUCUCUCUCUACUCUGCUUACAACUAAUCUUAUCUCCUUUUCUCAGAACUACCUUCUACUAAACAUGCUCAAAUUUUUAAAUAAGGGGGGAAAAAAAUGAAGGUGAAGGUCUCUAUGCCCUACCUAUUAGGGUCAAAGUGUCACUAAGCAUGUGAACAUCUUGAUUUAAACAAAGUGUACUGGUCAAAGACAGGAGUAAAAAGAUAAGGAAAGAUGUAGAAGAUAUGCCCCCUCAAAAAAAAGGCUUUCUGUAAAUAUGUCCAUUUUUAUACUCUAUUUAGUACAACGAGCAUGCUCCUACCUCUACCUUGCCUCUGUGUUCAUGACCCACCCUACAAGACAGUAAGGCAAGCCUGUAUCUUACAGAAAGGAGAGCCCAUUCCUGGGCUUAUUUGGAGUUUGAAUAGAUUUUCAAGAAUCAUGCCUCCAAAAUGAUCUGAGACCUAUUUGUAAAAAUAUUACCAAAUUCAAAUGUGUUUCGUGUUAUAUUUUCCCCACUAAGACUGAGGGUGUUGAAAGGAGAGCAGUAUAGGAAAGAAUCUGUGAAGCAUCUUGUCAGAAAGUGAGUUUUCCUGGGUCUAGUUUAGAUGUGAGAACAAAACACACCUGCCCGUCCCACCUGGUCCUAUCUUCAGGUGGCCGGACUGCAGAAGAGGAUUUCGGGGUCUGAAACUGGAGUGGGGGCCUAGCAAACAGGACUCUAUAAAAAGGAUGUUUUGCAGUGUGAUUACAGUAAUUCUGUAUCAGCAGGAAAACUGAAAAUGGUUACGUCUACGUUAUUAAAUGAGUAAAACAAAUGCUAAGUGGAUAGAAUUAACUUUGUAGUUUUAGGUUUUCAUGCUUCUACCAAGCCAGAUCCUAAAACGGGCAGUAUAUGAAGACUUUUAGUUCGUGGCAGUCAUGUUUUCAGCGAUCAAAAUCUCUAGUCUAGUUAGAAUAUAACUGUCAGUCUUAUUGUGUUUUGUAGAUUUUUUUUUAAAGCAAUAGUUUCUAGAUCAUCUACUUUGAACCCUCGAUGAAAUUUUCACAACUAUUUUUUGCAAUCUAUUUAUGUUUAUUUUUAAAAAGUAAACAUUAAGAUCCCCUUUCUGGUACUUUCCCUGCCUAUUUGUAGCACAGAGAUUUGAAGAGAUCAGUAUCGGUCAUUGUAAAAUAUAACUUUAUUAAAUUUGCAAUAUGUCUUUAUAUAAAUUAUAAUCCCCUAAAUGUGUUUUUUGUUAAUUACCUGAAUAUUUAUUUGAUUUAAGGAGGCAGAUGUCUAAGAAGUUUUUGUUAAUAUUACUUUGUAAAUUGUGUAAUGUAAUUUAUUUUAAAUUAUGUACAUUUCUUUUUUAACGCACAAAAUGUCUAUGUACAAUUAACUACAGAUUUGAAAAUAAUGUCACUAAGCUUUAUUCAGUUAAUACAGAUGGCAUGUGAAGAUGUAAUAUGCUUUUUUACAUUUUCAUAUGGGUUAUUUGUAAAUAACUAUGUUGCUGACAAACAUAAACAUGGAAAUCAUUUUCAUUCUA